GCUUGCUCCACAGGCCUGCAGAGUGGGCAGGGUAGGGCUUUGGUUUCCUGCAGGAGGCCGGCCUACUAGGAGAGGGAGACUCAAACGGGGACCGGCCUUCCACCAAAUCCAGAGUCUAGGACCCAAGGUGCUACCCCCUGAGGGGCCGUGGUCACUUGUGAGCGGGGCCUUAGGGCUCAGGAAGGUCGGGUUCUGAGUAGCCGGACCGUGAUGUGCGGGAGGCUGCUAUCCGAAUGUUAUUCGGCUCUUGUUUGCCUGGCAGCAUGAGGCAUCGCAUCCUAACCUCCAGCCCGGGCCUCUGGGCCUCUGUCCCGUGUCCACGCUCCGAGCUGCGACUGGACCUGGUUUUAGCUUCUGGACAGUCCUUCCGGUGGAGGGAGCAAAGCCCUGGGCACUGGAGCGGCGUGCUGGCGGAUCAAGUAUGGACACUGACUCAGACCGAGGAGCAGCUCUAUUGCACUGUGUACCGAGAAGACAAGAGCCAGGCCGGCAGGCCCACCGUAGAGGAGCUGGAAGCCUUACACAAGUACUUUCAGCUGGAUGUCAGCCUGGCUCAGCUGUAUAGCCAUUGGGCUUCUGUAGACUCCCACUUCCAAACAGUGGCUCAGAAAUUCCAAGGUGUGAGAUUGCUGAGACAAGACCCCACGGAAUGCCUUUUCUCCUUCAUCUGUUCCUCCAACAACAACAUUGCUCGAAUCACUGGCAUGGUAGAACGGCUAUGCCAGGCCUUUGGACCUCGACUCAUUCAGCUUGAUGAUGUCACUUAUCAUGGUUUCCCCAGCCUUCAGGUCCUGGCUGGUUCAGAGGCAGAGGCUCACCUCAGAAAGUUGGGCCUAGGGUACCGGGCCCGCUACAUAUGUGCCAGCGCCAAAGCUAUCCUCAAGGAGAAAGGUGGGCUGGCUUGGCUGCAGCAACUUCAAGCGGCCCCUUAUGAAGAGGCCCACAAGGCCCUUUGCACCCUGCCUGGAGUGGGCACCAAGGUGGCUGACUGCAUCUGCUUAAUGGCCCUUGACAAACCCCAGGCUGUGCCUGUGGACGUCCAUGUAUGGCAGAUCGCCCAGCGUGACUACGGCUGGCAACCUAACACAUCCCAGGCUAAGAACCCGAGCCCUCUGGCCAACAAAGAACUGGGAAACUUUUUCCGGAAUCUCUGGGGACCUUAUGCUGGCUGGGCCCAAGCAGUGCUGUUCAGUGCUGAUCUACGCCAACCAAACCAGGCUCGGAAGCCACCAGCAAAGCGCAGGAAGGGCUCUAAGAGACCGGAAGGCUAGGACCCUGGUGCUUACCCCCAGCCGUUGGUGUCAGCAGCUCCCCGUGGCUAGCUGUCUGUCCCUGCCCCUCCUGGCUGGUGCCCAGCUGCAGCUUCCUCAUGUGCCGAACCACAGCCGUGGCGUUGAAAGCUUGCUGUGGAAGAAGAGGAGGGAGGACUGCUGGAAGGAUCCUUGAGCUGGGGGUCGGCAGGAGUCUCACAUGUUACUCCGUGACUCCCUAAGUCCUCCAAAGAAACCCUAUAAGGCCUUACUAAAUUAUAUUCGGUCUUACAUACAAGCACAUGUAUGGUGUGUACAAAGGAAUUCAUAGUCCUGUAACAAACAACGUAACAAUGUGUCAAGCACAGCUCUGAGCACACUGCAUGGUUAUUCAUUUAAUCCUCACAAAAUUCUGUGAGGUAGCACAUUUUAUUUGAUUUUGUCUUUUUGUUUUGGUUUGGUUUGGUUAGUUUAUGAUUUUUCGAGAUAGGGUUUCUCUGUAGCUUUGGAGCCUUUCUCAGAACUCCUUCUGUAGACCAGGCUAGCCUCGAACUCACAGAGAUCCACCUGUCUCUGCCUCCCAAUUACAGGAAUUAAAGGUGUGCACCACUACCCCCCAGGCCCAAGUACUGAGAUUAAAGGCUUGUGCCACUGCACCUGGCUCUGGCUCUGGCAAGCACUAUUAAUAGCAUUGAUUUCUUUUAUUUUUUUUUUAAAUGGGUUGUCAUGUAGCCCAGGCUGUCUUCCAGUACUACCCCUAUCGCCUGAGUCCUGGGACUAUAGGAAUGUGCCACCACCGUGCCUAGUUUUAAUGUGAUGCUAAUGCUCCCACCCAGGGUUUCAUGCAUGCUAGGCAAUCACUCUACCAGCCGAGCUAUAUACUCACCCCUGCCCCCUUUUGAGGCAAGGUUUCACAUACCCCAAGCAGACUGACCUCACUCUCCCCAAGUGCUGGAAUGGCAUUAAUUCCAAAGGAGAAAACUGACGUGCAGAAAGGUUGAGUAAUUUACAUACUUGUUUAUCUCAUUUUAUAUUCCUCUUAUCCACCUAGAUGUCCUACAUAUCUCUCAAGUUGACCAUGUCUAAAACUAAACCUCCUCAAGACAUGUUUCUGCUCCUAGGGUCAGUAUCGUGGUCCACAUUGUCCCCAGCCAGAAGGUUGGGGCAGCCCUUAACAUCUCACUCCCUCAGCAUGCCUCCCAUCUUUUCUUUCUUGUGAGUCUACCUCCUGCUAUCAACCACCCUGUGUUCUUCUUGCUGCUUCUGAGUCAAGCCCCACUAUCUGCUGCAUCUCUGACACUACUGGGCCUCCCAAACUUCCCUCCUUGCCUUCUCUACAUCCCGAAAGCAGGUCCUUCUUCAGGACAGGUUCCCGCUGUCAGUCUUUCUGGGACCAUCCUCUAUAACAGGUGGGUGCCCCACUGUAGCAUGCAAGGAUCUCAGUGACCCCUACCAGCUUCUGCAGCCUGGGCUCUUGAUAUUUAGUUCCCCUAGUUCCUCUAGCCCCUCUAGUUCAGCAGGCUUGACAUUCGGCCACAAUCUUACCCAGGCCUCUUUGCACCCCUGGUCCCUCUGCCUCAGGCAUAUUCUCUACACCUGGUUAAUUACUAGUCAACCAACAGAUCUGUGACCACCUCUCUGACCCUUCUUGGGUCCCAUGGGCUAUGGAUCCUGGAGAGUAGGUCUGCCCCUCUAGAGAUGGACUUUAGAGGUCAAGUGGCCUGUAAAGUCCGGAACAAAGGAGAUCUUUGGAAAGCCUCCCUGGGCAUGUCCUGCUUGCAUUUGGUACUGGGUGCGGUGUAAGUGGAAUCUAGGGAGGACCAAGGAUUAGGAGUA